AUGACUAUAAAUGAGGUACCUAACUUUUUUGAGGCCAAGAGUGGAUUAACAAGAUCUCUUAUUAUCUCUCUUUUUGAGAUUGACGCCAUCACAUUAAAGGUGAACGAAACCCUCUGGGACAAACAUCGCCGAUGCUGGUCUUUAUUUGUGCAAUACUACGUCAAAAAAUUAGUACUGAACAGAAAUUUUCUUCUGGUCGAGUUAGAGUGGUGUCCACUAUGCGGUGCCGAAUUCAACUCGAUUGACGAGUGCAGCCAGCAUCAAACUGCCGAGCAUCAGGAUCAAGACAAAAAAAAACAAGCCAUAAACAAACUACUCGUCGCCCUAGAAUGGUGCCUCCGCUGUGGGGAUCAAUUCAACACAAUUUAG